GCGUAAACUGGUUCUAGGGGCUCAUUUGAGGAACCAGCGUGGACAACACUGACCUUCCAUCAUGUCUGGGGACUACAGCAUCUACACUGGACAGAAGAAGACCUUCACUAUCCCUGACUAUGUCCUUUUCAGUCUUACUUUGGCGGUAUCGGCCGGGAUCGGACUCUUCUAUGCCAUCAAAGACAGAAACAAAGUUAAUUCUCGGGAUUACCUUUUGGGAGGUAAAGAUAUGUACGUCUUUCCCGUGGCGAUGUCGAUGCUGGUGACGUUUCUCUCUGCACUGACGUUGCUGGGGACGCCGGCUGAGAUGUACAACUACACGACGAUGUUUUGGUGGUUAUGCCUUGCAUUUGUUUUUUCAACGGGAAUUGCCUCAGUAGUGUUCAUUCCAUUCUUCUAUAAUCUCAACGUAACAAGUGUAUUUCAGUAUCUUGAGCUGCGUUUCAGCAAGCCUGUCCGUGUUCUCGCCUCCGUGAUCUACAUUCUGCAAACUAGUGUGUAUAUGUCGUUCGUCCUCUACGCUCCUUCCCUGGCUCUGAAUGCGGUGACCGGACUUGAUUUAUGGGGAUCUCUGAUUGCUGCUGGAGUCAUUGUGACCCUGUACACAGCUCUGGGGGGAAUGAAGGCUGUGUUGUGGACUGACACCUUCCAGGCUUUUGUCAUUUUGGCGGGGCUGAUGGCGGUUCUCAUCCAGGGUUCCAUCGUCAUGGGUGGCUUCCAGAACGCCUGGGACAUCGCCGGGAACAGAUCAAGGAUCUACUUCAACGACUUCAGCUUUGACCCCACAACCCGCCACUCCUUCUGGUCGGUUGUGGUGGGAGGAGCCUUCUUGUGGUUGUCACUGUAUGGCGUUAACCAGGCUCAGGUCCAGAGAGCCAUGUCUUGUCCAUCUGUAUUUAAAGCCAAGCUGAUAUACCUCAUAAACCUGCCUGGCCUCAUCCUCAUCGUCAGCCUUUGCUGCAUGAUCGGCAUCGUCAUGUACGCCUUCUACGCCGACUGCCACCCCAUCAAGUUCAACAGCCUCAUCAGCAGAUCAGAUCAGCUCCUGCCCUUGUAUGUGAUGGAUAUCUUAGGCCAUAUUCCCGGAAUACCAGGAGUGUUUGUGUCGUGUAUCUUCAGCGGGAGUUUAAGCACCAUAUCCUCCUCCUUGAACGCCCUGGGAGCCAUCAUCCCCUGCGACAUCAUCAAACCAUACUGCUGCCCAAACCUUUCUGAUAGGUCCAUGACCAUUCUUUCAAAGGUUAUAGUUUUCAUAUUUGGGGGAGUUGCUAUCGGCCUCGCCGUCCUCGCAUCUCAACUUGGGUCUCUGAUGCAGAAGAAAGUGACGAUUUGCAGUCAGAUUCCCCUGAACCACCAAGUCAGAUCUCCUGUUGUAGGAUUUGGUCCCCGCAACAUGACAGUUCUGGACACAGCUGUGGAAAAAAGUUCAUUUAACGUCGGCAGCGAAUAA